UUGUCGUGUUCUUUUUUCUAGGGCUUGGCUUGCUUGCUGUGCGCUCGCCAGUCAUGGCGAUGGCGAUGAUGCCCUAGCACGAGAGGCUGAUGCGCUGCUGCGGCCACGGCGCUCGGGUGGAGGACGACGGCGCGCGAAUCGGCGGCGGUGGCGGCAGCAGCAGCACUCAUUUGUGGCGGCGGCUCUUGUUGUUGAUGAAGAAGAGGCGGCUUGCGGAAGUGGGGCGUGGUUCCGAACAUCAUCGGACGCGCAGGAGCAGCAGCACCAUGGUCUCCGCUAGCAAGGAGAUGGCCGUCUAUUGCUUCGAUACUCUCGUCGCCCACUACACCGGAGAUGUGAUUCCCACGCCGGACUUCGAGGAAGGGAACUACCCACUGUUCGUGACUUGGAAGAAAGUUGUGAAUGGUGGAGAGCCUCGCUUGCGAGGAUGCAUCGGGACGCUGGAAGCUCGCUGCUUGAUCACUGGCUUCAAGGAUUACGCAUUGACCAGUGCGCUCCGCGACCGGCGCUUCCCUCCGAUUCAAGCCCGGGAGAUUCCUUUCCUGGAAUGUACCGUGUCCAUUCUAACAGACUAUGAAUCAGCAGCCAAUUAUUUAGAUUGGGAGAUUGGGAAGCAUGGGAUGAUCUUGGAGUUCACUGAUCCGGAUAACUUACGUAGGAGUGCCACUUAUUUGCCAGAAGUUUCGGCUCAGGAAGGCUGGACCAAGGUGGAAACUGUGGACUCGUUGGUGAGAAAAGCAGGAUUCAUGGGUCCUAUAACCGAGUCACUGCGCAGGCGCUUUAGAAUCACUCGCUACCAGAGCUCACUCUACACGAUGCACUACAGUGACUACGUCGCGUACCUGAAGCGAACACGAGGCAUCAUCCCGCUGCUGACACUCAAAUGCUGAUCGCCGACCCGAUUCGAUUGAUUACCUCGAGCUCUAUUACCGAAAACGAUCCAUCCAUCUCCUUAGUAGAAGAAAAGAAAGAGAAGAAUUUCUUUCUCUCGGGUUGUGGUGUCACAAUUCUUGAAGCCGCGGCCACGGAGAGACGCCACCGACGAUUCUUGCUUCAUUCUAUAAAAAAUAAGACCGAGAGCCAAGAGAGCUUUUGCCUUGGGCUUUUUCA